CGGUUUGGUCCGGAAAAGCAGCGAGUUGCGACUAAACGCUCUCUCGUGCAGAGAAGAGAAGAGAAGAGCAGGGGAGGAGAGCAGAGAGGACGAGGAUGGGCGCGACUUUUAUCUCCUAUAUGUGACCCAUAUCUGCCAGCAGAGCCAUCCAUUCUCUAGUCUACUUCUCAUUUAAGGGAAGUCUCUCUCUCCGGCGAGAUGUCCGCGUCUGCGAUCUUCAUCCUGGACCUGAAGGGGAAGGUUCUGAUUAGCCGUAACUACAUGGGAAACAUGGACAUGAAUGAGAUCGACCACUUCAUGCCCAUCCUGAUGAAGAGGGAGGAAGACGCUGAGAUGACACCUUUGGUCAGCCAUGGCUCGUCCCACUUCCUGUGGAUCAAACACAGCAACCUUUACUUGGUGGCGAUGACUAAGAAGAACGCCAACGCCGCUCUUGUGUACUCCUUCCUUUAUAAGAUAGUACAGGUAUUUAAGGAAUACUUCAAAGAGCUCGAGGAGGAGAGCAUCCGCGACAACUUUGUAACGGUGUACGAACUGAUGGAUGAAGUGAUGGACUUUGGAUUCCCUCAAACCACGGAGAGCAAAGUCCUGCAAGAGUACAUCACCCAGCAGGGCCAUAAACUGGAGACGGGGGCACCUCGCCCCCCCGCUACCGUCACCAAUGCCGUUUCAUGGCGGUCAGAGGGCAUCAAGUACAGAAAGAAUGAAGUCUUCAUGGACGUCAUAGAGUCUGUAAAUCUCCUGGUGAGCGCCACCGGCAGCGUCCUGCGCAGCGAAAUAGUGGGCAGCAUCAAGCUCAAAGUGGUUUUAUCGGGGAUGCCGGAGCUGAGACUGGGCCUCAAUGACAAAGUGUUGUUCGAGAUCACAGGCAGAGAGAAGAGCAAGACGGUGGAGCUGGAGGACGUGAAGUUUCAUCAGUGCGUCCGUCUGUCACGCUUCGAGAACGACCGCACCAUCUCCUUCAUCCCCCCCGACGGCGAGAGCGAGCUCAUGUCGUACCGCCUCAACACAACGGUGAAACCUCUCAUAUGGAUCGAGAGUGUGAUUGAAAAGUUCUCUCACAGUCGCGUGGAGAUCAAAGUGAAGGCCCGGAGUCAGUUUAAGAGUCGCUCCACUGCCAACAACGUGGCCAUCCUGGUGCCGGUGCCCAGCGACGCCGACUCGCCCAAGUUCAAGACGAGCACGGGCAGCGCCAAGUGGGUGCCGGAGAAGAGCGUGGUGCAGUGGAACAUCAAAUCCUUCCCCGGCGGUAAGGAGUAUGUGAUGCGGGCGCACUUUGGGCUCCCCAGCGUGGAGAGUGAUGAGCUGGACGCAAGGAGACCCGUCACUGUUAACUUUGAGAUCCCUUAUUUCACUGUGUCUGGGAUUCAGGUGCGCUACCUGAAGAUCAUAGAGAAGAGUGGUUACCAGGCCUUGCCGUGGGUGCGCUACAUCACACAAAGCGGAGAUUACCAGCUCCGGACUAACUAAAGGGCACAGAUGCCGCCAGACGAAUGGAUAUUUCCUCCCCCCGUCUGUGUUCGUCUCCAGCGUCGCUGCUUCUCCCACUCCGUGUCUGCAGAGGUUCCUCAGCAGGUGCAGGAGGACGUUCAUCCCCGCUGUGAGUGGAAGCCGGACGUCAUCUCUUCCUCUAUGGCUAAACUCUAACCAAAAGGACUGUUACAUCACCCCUGACCUGGAUUUUGUUUAAAGGAUACCUUAGGACUCCUGUAAAACAUUUAAUAUAUGAGCAAUUAAGGGAUAACUCUGCAACACCAUCUGGUUCGGGAGAACUCCCUUUUCAUUUUUAAUCUCUCGUCCCUUCAUAUUCCCUUAAGGAACAUAAAUCAAACAUUAUUUACAAGGGAAAUUAAUAUAUUCCAACGUGGUAUUUCAAACAGUCUUUAUGGGUUGGUUCCUGAAGAAUAUUGAAUCCAGUGGAAUAUGUGGUGGCAUUUUAAUUAUAAUUCAUUAUAAUAGGGGUCUAGUGUCUAAAAGGGCCAUAAAAAUGACAGAUAUUGUACAUUUUGUAAAUUCAAAGUAUGCCAUUUCUUUUUUUACCCCUGUUUUUAUUUUAUUCUAAGAACAGAAGGUGUCGCUUCAUGCAUGGAUCAUAUUCACUUCUUUUAAAAAAGGUCAGAUUCUAAACGAUCAGGGUUUUUAUGACUCCAACGUUUAGUCCUUAACAUUUUCUCCAUCAUUAAGAAUCAUUUUAAGUCGUCUGUUGGACUUGAACCCUCUCAAAGGCCUGUGUUUUACUAGAAGCUGUGUGUAAUUUCAGCGCCCUGAACCGAAGCAUGCCAUCAUUAGCACUGUGAACAUGAGCCGCUGUGAACUGAAACCAACACCAGCAACCGAGUCAAUGAUUAAUAAGGUGUAAUAUUGUCGGAGGCAUCGACGGGGCAACAUGAUAACGGAGACCCCUGGGGCUUGUAACCUUGUCCUUGUUCUCAAAAUCAACUUUGCAGCUUUGGACCGAGGAGCGAGCAUGCUGCAGAUUCUUUUUUGUUUUCUUUUAAAUCCUUUUGCUUCAAAGACUAACGGGGAUUGGUGAAGGGGGGAAGGGUACUUAUAUGGAGAAUUUAGAAAUCUUGAAUAUCAAUGAUGCAUUGGCGUAACAGUCUCCCCGCAGCUUUCCGUUUUCUGGGCUUCUUCAGGCCUCCAUCCGCUCUGGGAAACAUCUGAUGCGUACUUCUGUACCUUUCGUUGUGCACGAAUUACGCAUCGAUUACAAACCAGAGACACCAGAGUCCUUUUUUUAUGACCUCGUACUGCUACGACUCUAAAACAAAAUCAUUCCUUCGUCUUAUUCGGGGACCAGUUCAGACACCGAUGAGGAUUUUCUUUUUAAAGUGUUUUUUCAUGUAUUGUAAUUAAUUUAUCAACUUCUGAUUGUCUGUAGCAAAUUGAGCAAAUAAAGGAAUAUAUUUGGAAAUAAAACAUUUUUGUAACUCAUUA